CUCGCGUAAUCAUUUUUUUAAAGGUGAGAGAUGCGGCUUCGCGUCACGUGCUUGCCGCUAGACCAAUGAGAUGGCAUAACGUCGGAACGACAUGUAAACAUGGUCUAAGAUGGCAGCGCCCUUGUCGUCACUAUCGAGUAGCGAAGAGGAUGAAAUUAUUGUCAGACCUCCACCAAAAGUCAGUAAAAGGGCUUAUAAAAAAUGCUAUAUGCAUCUCACGUCCAUAAAAAAAGAAGAAACGAAGGAUUUUACACGCACACGGUGGGAUACAUUUAGAAACUGCAUCAAACGGUGGCUUGACUUGCAGGGUGAGAGUCAGAAAAUAGCAGAAACAUACAAACAUUGUCUAGAAAUCGAGUUUGACCGUGUGCCCGAAGACGCAGGGUUUCACUCCACUUGCUACCGGCGUUUUAUUGACAAAAAGCGCUUGGAUGUGGCCGAGAAACGAGUUUCACGGUGCCAUGAAGCUGGUGAUGAUCAUAACACAGACCAGUCUGUGUCAUCGGGAAAUAGUAUUUCGUCAACGUAUUGCCCAACAAAAAAACUUAGGUCCAGUACCGGACUGCCGAUAGCUUGUUCGGGUCCUGUACUUCCUGCUUUGUGCAUAAUUUGCAAGAAAACGGACAAGUACAUCACUGUGGCAGGCAAACGCCAGAAGGACAAUCUUUCACAAGCGGAGACGCUGUCGGCAGGCCAGUUGUUCAAAGCAGCUGAGAUGAAGGAAGACACUAGCAUUCUUGUGCAUAUUAAAGACAAAGACUGUGUGUCUCUGGAAGUACGAUAUCACAAGUCCUGUUACAGACAGUACACCAGGUUCUUGACAAAGUCUACUAGAUUCCAUGCUGAAUCCUUUUGACUCACACCAAGAUGGCAUUGUGUCUUAGCUCUGGAAUAGUUGCAGCUAAAGAAAUUAUGAUGGAUUUGCUCACAGCUUCAGAAAAGGGGGGAAAUGCUGUUCAGGAAUUUAUGGACCAAAGGUUCUAUCACCAUCAGUUGACGUAUUUGCUCCCAUCAAAAAACUAAAACUAAAGACAUUCAGUGAUCAAGCCAAGACAAAUAAGAAAUCUGCAGCAGGCAAGGAAGUAAUUCUACGUGCAGAUAAGAAGCUUUUCUCCUGACGGCUCGUCAUAGGUCAAAGAAGAAAGAUAUACUUGAGGGAAAUUCUCUCCUACUCCUUGGGAACUGUGUCAUAUCCUUUAUCAAGUGCUGAUGGUUCUCUUGGAAAAACAAACAAAUCAGCUCUCAUGGAUGUUCUGGAAACCAAAGGUGGAGACUGUUUAGUUGACAGAGUACCAGUAAAUGGAGCUAUACUUUUUGAUGGCAUGGCAGUCAUUCAAGCCAUUCAGUCCAUACCAAGUACCUUCGGGGAGCUUGCUGACACUAUACUAUAGUACUUAGUCAAGCUUGCUCUCAAGCACAACUGUACACGGAUAGAUUUUGUGAUAGACAAGUAUCCAGAAAUUAGUAUUAAAAAUGUAGAAUGAUCACGCAGAGCUGUUGGUGGCACACAACAGGUAAAAAUUUAUGGACGGGAUCAAAAGACACAACACAAUGGAAGAAGUUUCUGUCGGAUGGGACAAACAAAGAAGCACUGGCAGAAUUCCUCUAUGUAAUGUGGCGAGACGCUGAUCUUACAAUUUUAGGUUGCAGUGCUGCUCUGGUGACCCAGGCUAAGGAGCCGGCGGUGAUAGAGGUCCAGCCUGGAGGAAAUGCCACUCUGCCUUGUGGGAUUUCUGUGAAUAUGGAGCUUUCCUGGUUUUCCCUGCAGUCAGACCACAUACCAGUCAAAGUCAUGAACCUGGAAUACAGAUCAAGAGGAAAGAUAAAUUCCAGUUACAUCAGAGAUGAAUACAGAGGGAGGAUGACUCCCAUCUUUAACUCAACACACAGCCUGCAGCUGAAGAACAUCACUGAGGCAGAUCUGCUGAUCUACUGCUGUAUCCAAAUCACAGGUCUAAAGUUUGGAAACUGCACAAUGCUGAAAUUCACAGACCAUGCUGGAGGCCAAUCUACCCAUCCCAUCCAGCCUAGUAACCAUGACCUCCUGCCUUGGAUUCUCCUGCCUUGUGUCGCCCUUCUCACUGGCUCCAUCUCAUCACUUUGCUGCUAUUUCUGUCAUAACCAAGCGCCGCUGAGGAAGAGCUCUGACUCACAGCAGAGGGGAAGCAGGACCAGCCGACACGAUCAGGACAAAACUGAGGUCAACUAUGUUCUUUUAAAGACAGAAUCACCGUAAAAAAACAACUAUUUCAUCUGGGUCUAAAAUAAGAUGUUUAUCCAUCCAUUUUCUGAAAAAACUGGGGUCACGGGGUGGACUGGAGCCUAUCACUGCAACAAAGGGUGCAGGCAAGAACCCACCCUGGGCAGUCACCAACACACCACAGGGUGCACACAGGCCAAUUUAGACUCACCAAUCAACACAUCCUGCACACUUUUGGACCAUGGAAGGAAACCGGAGCCCCUGGUGAAAAUGCACACAAACACGGGAAAGCGAGUGAACUCCAGACAGAAAAAACCCAGGACCGUCUUGCUGUGAGGCAGCAGCGAUAACCACUGUGCCACCGCACCACCCUGCUAGUGCUUUUUUUUUAAAAAAUGACACCAGGCAUUAUAUUUGUAAAAUAAAGGAAAUUUUGCAAGAAAAUUUGUGCAUUAACUUCUUAA